AUGUCAGAUGGCGCCCGCGGAAAGCGCUCGUCGUCCUACUUCCACUUCUUCGCCGGCCUAAACUCAGGCAUCCUGUCUGCCGUCCUUCUCCAACCCGCCGACCUCCUCAAAACCCGCGUCCAACAAUCCCGCUCGAGCACACUCCUCGGUACCAUCCAGUCGAUAGCCAGCGGGCCGAACCCGAUACGUCAGUUCUGGAGGGGCACAUUACCAAGUACCCUGCGCACAGGGUUUGGCUCUGCCAUAUACUUUUCAAGUCUCAACGCGUUACGGCAUAGAGCGAGUCUGGUCGCGGCGGGCAGCAGCGAUGCGGCAGUCAAAAGCGCGGAGCACUCGAGCUCUCUGCCCAAACUGAGCAACACCGCGAAUCUGGCAACGGGAGCCUUUGCGCGGACAUGGGCGGGCUUCAUCAUGAUGCCGAUAACCGUUCUGAAGGUGCGGUAUGAGAGUAGCUUGUACUCGUACAAUUCGCUCUUCACCGCAUCUCGAGACAUCUUCCGAACAGAAGGACUCAAAGGCUUCUUCGCUGGUUUCGGCGCAACAGCAGUACGCGAUGCCCCCUACGCGGGGCUCUACGUCCUCUUCUACGAGCAGUCGAAACGGAAGCUAUCUAGUCUCGCAACCAAGAUUGAAGAGACGUCCGGCACCGCCACCAAGCUGUCUACCAGCACAUCCGCGGGAAUAAACUUCAUCUCGGGUGUUGCUGCAGCGGGGCUGGGGACGACUAUUACGAAUCCCUUCGAUGCUAUCAAGACGCGCAUACAGCUUAUGCCUCAUAAGUACGGCAAUAUGGUACAGGCGAGCAAGAAAAUGCUUGCGGAGGAAGGCAUGCGCAGCAUGUUUGAUGGACUUGGUAUUAGGAUCGCGAGGAAGGCAAUGAGCAGUGCGCUUGCCUGGACAGUCUACGAAGAGCUGAUUCGACGAGCGGAGACUUUGAAGGAAGUCGUCGAGGAGAAGAUAUAA